AUGGACGACAAGAAGAUCAGCCCUCCUCCCAGUCCUCCCACGCAGCAAAUUGAGCAUUCUCACCACCAGCACCAUGACCGGCAGUAUCGGGAUACAACAGUCGACGGCCAACCGGCGUACGAAGAGCACGGCGCACUCAUUGACCACAAGAUUUCUCGAGAGGAGAAGGUACAGGCGCAGCCCGACCUACGCUGGAGCCGCUUUCGCCACUACAUGCGAGAGCCCUUUUCCGAGUUCUUUGGAGUCUUCAUCCUGAUCCUUUUCGGCGACGGCGUCGUGGCUCAAGUGAUCCUCUCCAAUUUCGAGCGAGGUGACUACCAGUCCAUCUCGUGGGGAUGGGGUUUGGGUGUCAUGCUUGGUGUAUACGCCAGCGGGAUAUCUGGCGCUCACAUCAACCCCGCCGUCACAUUCGCCAAUUGCAUCUUCCGACGCUUCCCCUGGCGCAAGUUCCCCGUGUACAUGCUCGCACAGACCCUGGGGGCCAUGUGUGCCGCUGCGGUCGUCUACGGCAACUACAAGUCCGCGAUCGACACGUACGAGGGCGGAGCGGGGAUCAGGACGGUGCCCGGUUACAGUGACCACGCAUCCGCCGGGAUCUUCUGCACGUAUCCGGCGCCUUUCAUGACAAGGACGGGCAUGUUCUUCAGCGAGUUCAUCGCCAGCACGAUUCUGAUGUUCAUGAUCUACGCGCUGAAGGAUGAUGGAAACCUGGGAGCAGGGCCGUUGGUGCCUCUGGGGCUAUUUUUUGUUAUCUUUGGCAUCGGUGCCUGCUUCGGAUGGGAGACCGGCUACGCGAUCAACUUCGCCCGAGAUUUCGGCCCACGCUUGGUCAGCUACAUGAUCGGCUAUGGACCAGAGGUAUGGCGGGCUGGCGGCUACUACUUUUGGAUUCCUAUGGUCGCGCCAUUCUGCGGCUGCUCAUUUGGAGGCUGGCUCUACGACAUGUUCUUGUACACUGGGGAGUCGCCCAUCAAUACCGAGGCGGCUGGACUGGCGAGGCUGCUCAAGCUGAAUAAGGCGACGUGGUCGAAUACCUAUGUGGAGAAGUCCAAGGUGUAA